AUGUCUAAAUAUGAUGGAUUAUACUAUGAACAUGUUAUGAAUGAUGGCACGAUAAGUGGUAAUACAGUCUCAUAUAAAUUACCGAGAGACUUCAUUGAAUAUCCUGCGUCAAAAGCUCUUGAGAUAAGAAAGAUAAGUCUUGAGCAUCCAGACUUUGAGUUUCUUGCUAUUCCAUUAGAAAUGACAGAUUCAUCAAAAUCAGUGAAAAAAAGGUUUGACAUGAGAUAUUACAUAAAACCCAACAUGACUACACAGGAGUUGAAUGAAGGUCUUAUGGAAAAAAUGACUGAGGCAAGUAGAGAAUUUGUUGAUUGUUACUAUGAUUCAAAUGAAAAUAAAUUGAAUGUAUUAAGAAAAGGUACAUCACCAAUCAUAACAUUACCUUCAUACAGUAGUAUAGAAAAAAAUGCCUUGAAUUAUAAAUAUGACAUGUCCCUAGGAGAUGUGUUGGAUUUCAUCACUGCGUUAUUAGAAACCACUGAAACAGACACAACAUCAAGAAAACCAGAGCUUGUUUGGGAAGAUGACCAUGGUAGAACAUUCACGCAAAAAGUAAUUCCAUCGAAAGCAAAAUUUUUAGACUUAUGGGAAAAAAAAUAUAUCUCGCGAAUGCAUGUAUAUUAUAGUUUUACCAUAGCAGAUUUCACUGACGAAAAUGAUAAAGAUAAAAAAACAUAUAAGUACUUUGAUGAGCUUUUCAUAACUAUAGCGAAUAUCAGGUUUAUCCUUGAGCGAAAGGGCAAACCAACAUAUAAAUUUGUCGGUUAUCAGAUAAGAAUAAAUCCUCUCCUUGAGCCUUUAGUAACGUUGAGUAAUAUUGCUCAUGAUAACAAACAAUUUAUAUGUAAUGUGAAUGAACAGCUUGUGCCACCAAAAUUUUACGAUAUCACUGGUUAUAAAGAUGCACUCGUGUUUGAGUUUUAUAAGCGCUUUUCAUUCAAAAGAGUUGAAGAAUCAACUGAUGGUCAAAAAAAGGAAUAUUAUGUAAAAGAACCAUAUGAAAUUCCUAAAGACUCUAAUAUAAUGGUUGAACUUAUAUUAGAGUCUGGUACUCAAUCUCAACAUAAAUAG